CGAUAUCGCAAUAUGAAAAUUCCCAUAUCGCCCAGGCCUAGAUAGAGGGGUGUAAUAAAUUCACUUUUCUCAUGAUUUUUUGUUUCAAUUGUGUAACAAACAGUUUAAGUGCGAAUUGUUGCAUCCCUACUAACCUUUAUUCAUAAAUAUAUAUAUUUUACUUGUCAAAUUUUGUGACUUUUUGUUUGUGGUCGCCUAACAUCUGAAUACUGAGGGGCCUGUAGGAACUGUAUCAACUAAACUAUUAUUUCCAUCCUGGUACCUUUCAGUGCAUCAGUUUAAGGUGGUAUGAUCCUAUUUUGACAUCACCUUGUUGCCCCAGUAAACGACAGUCACAAAUGAGGCUUUUCUCCCUCCAGUAUCUUGAAAUAGCUCAGCUAAAACAUUAAAAAACGACUUUAGAAAACUAGUGAAAGGGUGCUCAUUCCUCAGUCAAGAUCAGAUUUAUGGAGCGCGUCUUCCUCCACACCCACUCCCAUCCCUAAUGAAGUGAGGAAGAGAGGGAGUCUAAAGAAAGAAAGGAGAAAAAAAAAGGGCCGGACUUCCCUCCAGUUUCUGCAAGCUGAGCCAAACUUUAGGGACUCCUGUCAGAGCCAGACAGUCCUAACUUUUGGAACAGCGAUGCUGCUGCUGCUUCUCAUCAUGUUAUGAGCAUUGGGUGAUCAGAAGACUGCCAGCCACUUGAAGAAGAUCCUUUACAUGGAACCAAGUUUUGAAUGAAGAAUCCCUCAUUUUUUCUUCCCUGCACUGCUUUCCUAAUUCUCCUGCAUACAUUUUGAGGAAUCAGCAGCACCGUAAGUCCUCUCAGGGAAAUCAUGGACCCCUUUCUGCACUGGCUCCUGCUCUUUUGGGGACUUCAAGGUCUGCUGGCACAAGAUUAUGAAGACGAGGUUGUAAAGCCCAAGAAAAGAGUCAAACUACAGUCACCUAAUUCCAUAUCACAAAACGGGAGAUCUGUCCUGGACGAUGACUGCAGGGUGGAGUUGGCUUUUCUGAUCGACAGCUCUGAGAGCGCCAAAGAUAACCAUGCCCAGGAGAAGCGCUUCGUCAUUGACGUGAUGGACCGCCUGGAAGGUGUCCGGCUGCAGACGGGCCGUGGACUCAACUCUCGAGCUGCUCUACUACAGUACAGCAGCCAUGUUGUCAUAGAGCAGACCUUUAGCUCUUGGAGGGGCAUUGAAGACUUCAAGGCCAAAGUGGAUCCCAUGGCUUACAUCGGCCACGGCACCUACACGACCUACGCGAUCACUAACCUCACCCGCAUAUACUUUGACGAGUCGAGCGUCAAGAGCAUCAAGGUGGCCGUCCUGCUCUUUGAUGGCAUCUCGCACCCCAGGAACCCAGACAUAUUUGCCGCCUUGACAGAUGCAAAGAACCAGGGAAUACGCUUCUUCACGAUAGGGAUCACGCCCGAAGCCAACGAGCCCGCCAACAUCGCUCAGCUGCAGCGCAUCGCUAGCUCUCCAUCUGCCCGCUAUCUACACAACCUGCAGGACGCAGCCAUUGUUGAAAAAGUCAUCCGAGAGAUUGUGGCGCUGGCAGAUGAAGGGUGUCCCGUGCCUCAGAGCCAGUGUGCCUGUGAGAAAGGCGAGAAGGGACCUGCCGGCCCUGCUGGCAAAAAGGGUCGCCCCGGAGAUGAUGGUAGUCCUGGUCCGAAAGGUCAAAAGGGUGAAGGCGGCCUUGGUGGACUUCCAGGUCGGGAAGGAGCAGAGGGAAAACCCGGAUACAAAGGAGAAAAGGGGGAGAGGGGAGAGUGUGGAACACCUGGAGUCAAAGGAGAUAGAGGUCCAGAAGGAAGUCUUGGUCCCAGAGGAAACCGUGGUCUUCAGGGUCUACCUGGCCCAACUGGAGAUAUGGGACCUGAAGGUCUGAUGGGUAAAAAAGGGGAAAGGGGACUUCCUGGGCCACCUGGAAUCCAAGGAGAGACGGGGAUUGGUCUUCCGGGGCCCAAGGGUGAUGUCGGUUUCCAGGGGCAACCGGGGCCUCCUGGUCCUCCAGGAAUUGGUGAAUCUGGACCACCGGGACCUCAAGGGCCUCAAGGAGCUCCAGGGGAGCGAGGACAAAUAGGGGAAGGUCUACCUGGGCCGAAGGGUGAACGAGGCUUGGAGGGGCCGCGGGGGCCCAGAGGACAGCCGGGCGCCGGAAUCAAAGGAGACAAGGGGGAUUUUGGCCCUCCAGGACUUCCGGGGCUCAUUGGCCUCCCAGGAGUUGGCAUACAAGGAGAGAAGGGAACCGAAGGCCCAAGAGGUCCACCGGGGAGCAGAGGCCCACCAGGAGAGGGAAUGCCCGGACCCAAGGGAGAUCAAGGGCUGCCAGGUGAGGUUGGCGCUCAGGGAGAAAGAGGAGCCGGCGAGCCUGGAGCGAAGGGAGAGCCAGGAUCGCCAGGAAUGUCGGGUUUGCCGGGGCUGCCAGGUGAAGACGGAGCCCCGGGACAAAAGGGUGAGCCAGGAGCUGUCGGCCUCAGGGGUCUGGAGGGGGCUCCUGGGAUCGGCACUCAAGGUGAAAAGGGAGAUCAAGGCCAAAGAGGCAUACGAGGUUUGACAGGUCCGCCUGGUAUCGCUGGACCUUCAGGACCAAAGGGAGAACCAGGAGCACAAGGAAGGUUGGGUCUUCCUGGUCCACCAGGACGCUUCAUCACAGGACCUAAGGGUGAUGUUGGUCCAAGUGGUCCGCCUGGCCCGAUUGGGGAAACUGGCUAUGGACUUCCAGGUCCAAAGGGUGACAGAGGCGAUCCAGGCUCUCCGGGUCAAUUCGGUCCCAAAGGGGAAGGAUAUCCUGGACCAAUGGGUCCUCCUGGUUUGCCUGGACUUCCCGGAGAACCUGGAUUAGAAGGAGUUGGCAUUCCAGGUCCAAAGGGAGACGUUGGUUUCCGAGGUUUGCCUGGUUUACCUGGACCUCCGGGUGAAGGCCUUCAAGGCCCUCCGGGGAACCCCGGUCGACCUGGUCCACCAGGGCCAACCGGGCCACAAGGACUAGGAGUUCAAGGUCCAAAGGGUGAACAGGGUUCCCAGGGUGUGUCGGGACCAAGAGGAGUACCAGGAGAGGGCUUUCCCGGUCCAAAAGGGGACAGAGGCUCGUCGGGGGAGAGAGGACUGAAGGGCAUCAAAGGAGAAUCAGGAGAUUCUGGACUUCCAGGAGAACCCGGUCGAGCAGGGGUCAAAGGUGAAGCCGGCCUCACAAGGGAAGACAUCAUUCGAAUGAUCAAAGAGAUCUGCGGUUGUGGGAUCAAGUGUAAGGAGAGGCCCAUGGAGCUGGUGUUCGUCAUCGACAGCUCGGAGAGCGUCGGUCCAGACAACUUCGAGAUCAUCAAGGACUUCGUGAUGGCGCUGGUCGACCGAGUCACCGUCGGCCGCAACGCCACCAGGAUUGGCCUGGUUUUGUACAGCCUGGAGGUGAAUCUGGUUUUCAACCUGGCCCGCUACAGCACCAAGGAGGAGAUCAAGCUGGCCAUCAGGAACAUCCCUUACAUGGGGGAGGGAACCUACACCGGGACGGCCAUCCGUAAAGCCACGCAAGAGGCCUUCUUCAGCUCACGGGUGGGAGUCAGCAAAGUGGCCAUCGUCAUUACCGACGGACAGACGGACAAGCGCGAGAAGGUGAAGCUGGAUUUAGCCGUCAGAGAGGCGCACGCCGCCAACAUCGAGAUGUUCGCCCUGGGGAUCAUUAACACGUCGGAUCCGACGAGGAACGAGUUCCUCCAAGAGCUCAACCUGAUCGCCUCCGAUCCAGAUGUGGAGCACAUGUUCCUCAUUGACGACUUCAACACUCUGCCAACUCUGGAGUCCAAGUUGGUCAGCCAGUUCUGCGAGGACGAGAACGGAGCGCUGAUCUAUAACCGGAUAACCAACGGCUACGGGAACAACGGCUACAACGGCAACCGGUUAAGUGCUGGGAAGUAUGCCACCGGCGACUAUGGGUACCGGCCCGUUCCCGGCCAGGAGACACCGAACAACAGGCGGACGGACUCUGGUGUGGGGUCUCAAAACCAGGGAGGAGGCCAGAGUGUUUCCAAGGAGACGUCAAACACAGGAAAAGAGCGGGGGGACACAUUUAACCGCGACACCUUUGACUACGACACUCCUGCUCCCACCAGUAAAGGCUCCUCUUCAUCAUCAUCCUCCUCCUCUUCUACAAACAUAAACCCAUCGUCCUCAGGUGUAUCCGUGCAGACGAGGCCAGCUCUUCCCAAAG